CCCCAUAUAGACAAUAGAGAUUGUGGGAUGCUUCACUAAGAUGUCAAGCUUGGCACCAUGGUCUGCCUUCUCCCCUCACACAAAUACUCUGGGGAGACUAACCAUUCCCUCGUGGUCAGCAAGAGACAAGCAGAAAGGCGUCCAAUUUGUAAAACCAGCAGAAGUCACCAAGGCUUCAGAGCUCAAAGCAACGCACUGGGAUCCUGGGAAGAAGGCGGGAUGGAUGACGGACAAGGAGAGGAAGCAGUUAGAGUUUGCAAAUAUCAUGGAGAGGCUGGAACGGAAGCAAGGAAAGUCCCACAAGAAAGAGAACAGCCAAUUCUUCAUAAGGAAUGCCCUGAAACAAAUGAAAAAGCUCUCAGAGGACUCUUCAGUAAUCCCAGAUCCUGAUGUCCCCAGGGUUUUCACCAACUAUCUCGCCAGUUUGAAGGAUGCAAACAAGAAGUUAAUGGGAGAAUUAGAUGGGCCAGAAAUUGUAAUAUCAACAACCCCACGGCUGAGCAUCCUACGUAGGAGUACUUUGGAUCCUAAUGUUAACCAGUUUCUGCAAGAUACCUUUUCUUCUUCUCGUAAGAUUUCAAAGAUGAUAGACCCUUCAUCUGGUUUACAGGCAUAUGAUCGAAAAAUGAAGAAUUUAAUUGAUAAGACUCCAUAUAUAAAGCCAGAGACUUCCACACUGUUGAAGCCCGAGGAAGUCCUGAGUUGUAGGUACCUUCGGCUCUCCAAGAACAAUAUCCAAACUUUGCUCAGGCUAUGUAAGGAAGCAGGAAUGGAUAUAGACAUUCAUCCUCACAUGAAUGAAUCUGAAAUGAAUGCCAACAAGAUAUUCACUCAAAAACCUAGCAUAGCCCUCUAAGUCAUCCUUUCUGUUUUUCUAACUUGGGUCCACUUGAGAGAAGGUGACAUUAGCCAUCAAGCAACCAUGCCCCAAGCUGAUAAUUUUUAGGUAGAAAUGAUAUCUUUAUUUAAUAACAGCAACCAUCAACAAACUAAAAGUAGUUUGAUAUUUGCAUAUUAUAAUGCUUUUUGUUGUUUCUCAGAGGAGGAUCAAUCUGGGAGAACCCAUUGCUUAGUUUUCCUAAAAUGUUACUCUAAUCUUAACUAAUGAUAGUUUCCCACUCACCUAGAUUGGCUUCAAAUAUGCAGGCUUCUUAAUCAGAGGUCAAUGGCUUAUUUUACUCUUACCCAGUUAAUUAGAAGUUAAUGUCUCAUUUUACCCUUACUCAGAAUUCUCCUUGAGAAUAUCAGGAUCUGACUCAUGACUCUCAAGGUCCAGUUCCUUGUAAGAAAUCAAGGCUACCGUGGUAUUAGUACAAGUUUAAAAUAAAAAUCAUGUGAAGAACAAAAAAAAA